AUGGCUGCGGAUGCUGCGGAGGUUCUCUGCAGCAUCCUGCACCAGCCCCGACUCCACGUCCUCCUCCUGACCGUCACCCUGUCCACUUUGCCGGACCGGACAGCAGCGCUGCUGGGCGUCCGGCCAGAGGACACGCAGAGCGGAGAGCUGUCACUGAAGGACGGGAUGCUGAGAGCCACAGAGGGGACGCGCUUCAUGCUUAGGGUUUACUUCUCCCCGUCUGCACUCACAGAGCAGCAGCACAAGGAGAAUAGGAGUUCUCCUGCUCCGUGGAUCGCGUUCAUUGAAGAACCAGUCGAGGAUGGAGGGCAGGAAAAGGGGCACCCUGGAGGAAACCCGUGCGACGACGAGAGCUCCCGCAGCUCGGACAUAGAGCUGCUGGGCUCCUUCAAAUCCACUCUCAGCCACAACUCUGUGCUGGUGGAGCUGCUCGCCAAAGACUUGCGCAGAGGGGAAGUGGUCAAGUACUACUCCAUGUGCGCUUUUGACGGGGUCAGGUGGGAGCACUUGAGUACGCGGGACUUCUGGCUAGCAGUAGAGGAGAAAACGCAGGGGGCAGACGUGUGGCUGCAGGCUGGAGUGUCAGUGCUGCUGCUGGGACUGUCGGCGCUCUGCAGUGGGCUGAACAUCAGCAUGCUGGCCCUGGAUCCCGUGGAGCUGCGUGUGCUGCAGAACAGUGGUACAGAGAAGGAGCAGAAGUAUGCGCGGAAGAUCGAGUCUGUCCGUAAACACGGGAACUACAUCCUGUGCACUGUUGUGCUAGGGAACGUGCUCACCAACACAUGUUUUGUAGUUUGGAUGUGCCAGAUCCUCGGCAUGACCGCACUCUCCACUGCGUUUUGCACACUGGGCAUAUUUUUUAUUGGGGAGAUUUUACCUCACUCUGUUGCGUCCAGGCACAGUCUUGCCAUUGCCUCUAAGACUCUGUGCGCCACGCGGUUCCUCAUGCUCGUGUUCCUUCCCAUCGCGUAUCCUGUGUCCAAAAUCCUUGACAUCAUGCUGCGUCAAGAGAUCAGCAGUUUCUAUACCAGGGAGAAAUUAGUGGCGAUGCUGCGUGUAACUGAUCCAUACCACGACCUGGUCAAAGAGGAACUCAACAUCAUCCAAGGAGCACUGGAACUCAGGACUAAGACCGUGGAGGACGUCCUGACGCCUCUGUCCGACUGCUACAUGAUGUCUUCAGAUGCAGUGCUGGAUUUCUGCUCUAUGUCAGACAUAAUGCAGAGUGGCUUCACGAGGAUCCCUGUGUAUGAAAACGAAAGAUCUAACAUCGUAGACAUCCUCUUUGUCAAAGACUUAGCCUUUGUGGAUCCAGAUGAUUGCACUCCUCUAAAAACCAUCACUCAAUUUUACAAACACCCUAUGCACUAUGUUUUUAAUGAUACCAAGCUGGAUGUGAUGCUGGAGCAGUUUAAAAGAGGGAAGUCUCACCUGGCGGUGGUGCAGAGGGUCAACAGUGAGGGAGAGGGAGACCCCUUCUAUGAAGUCAUGGGCAUCGUCACUCUGGAAGACGUUAUAGAGGAAAUCAUCAAGUCUGAGAUUGUGGACGAGACAGAUCUGUAUACUGACAACAGAAACAAAAGAAGAGUUUCCAACCACGAGAGAAAAAAUCAGGAUUUCUCCAUUUUCAAAUUGUCAGAGAAUGAAAUGAAGGUCAAGAUCUCUCCUCAGCUGCUCCUCGCCACACAUCGCUUCUUGGCCACAGAGGUGGAACCCUUCCGGCUUUGUCACUUGUCAGAGAAAAUCUUGUUGCGGCUCCUGAAACAUCCCUGCGUCAUUCAGGAACUCAAGUUUGACCCCAAGAAUAAGCACGGCCCUCAGCACUACCUUUACCAGCGGAACAAGCCCGUGGACUACUUUGUCCUCAUUCUCCAGGGGCGAGUGGAAGUAGAAAUCGGAAAAGAGGCUCUUCGCUUUGAAAACGGCGCUUUUUCAUACUAUGGGAUGCCUGCACUUAUUCCUCCAUUGGCUUUUAGUGUGAGAUGCAGUUCCAGGAGCAGUGGUCUGAACCAGUCCGACUCUCUACUGAGCGGAGGCAGCGUGGGGCAGCUCUCCACUGGGAUUUAUUUACCUGACUACUCCGUACGCCAGCUCACUGACCUCCAGAUCAUCAAGAUCACGAGGAGCCACUAUCAGAACGCCAUCACAGCCAGUCAGAUGGACACUUCUCCUCAGACCCCAGACCCCAUGGCCCCGGUGCCAGAGGCACGCUCCCACAGCAUCGCUCUGCCCUUGACGCACGCACACACUCGGCUUGGACUGGCCCGCCUCGCACGCCUCCAUCCACACGGGGCGCUGCACAGCACCACACACCUGAAUGAGAGGAACCGCAUUGUCCGCAGUAAAUCUGACGGCCAGAGGAGCCCAAACGACAGUGUCUUUCUUCGCAUGGAAGAGAUUCCUUAUAUUCAUGAAGACCGACCUGAAAAUUAUGACAUCGAUGUGCCAGACUCACCACCGUGCACCUCCCCUUUCAUCAGCUCCUUGUCUCUGUCAAGCUCAGAGGAAACUGUUGGAAAGAAGCUUCUGCAUAAACUAAGCAACAAGAAGAGAAAAAAGUCUCUGGACGAAGAGCAGAGUUUAGAGGAAGCAACAGAGGAGUCUCCCGUGAUAAGCUAA